GAACUGAGCUUGGGGGCGGGGCCUGGCGCGUCUUUGAAACGGAGGCGCGGGCUGCAGGAAGAUGGCGGCGCGGCCGCGGAGGCAUCGCUCGUGCUAUCCAAAGCAGUCGCGGCGUGACUUUUGUGAUGGCCCUAAGAAGGCGACUGACGAAGCUUCUUUUACAACUUCCAUGGAGUGGGACACGCAGGUGGUGAAGGGGUCUUCGCCGCUUGGCCCCGCUGGGCUCGGUCCGGAGGAGCCCCCAGCGGCCCCGCGGCUGCCAUGGUGGCUGCAGCCCGAGAGGUGCGCGGUGUUCCAGUGUGCGCAUUGCUACGCUGUGCUCGCCGACUCGGUGCACCUCGCAUGGGACUUGUCGCGGUCCCUUGGAGCCCUGGCCUUCUCCAGAGUCACAAGUAACGUAGUUUUGGAAGCUCCUUUCCUAGUUGGCAUUGAAGGUUCGCUCAAAGGCAGCACUUACAACCUUUUAUUCUGUAGUUCCUGUGUGAUUCCCAUUGGUUUCCAUUUGUAUUCUACCCAUGCUGCCCUGGCUGCCUUGAGAGGUCACUUUUGCCUUUCCAGUGACAAAAUGGUAUGCUACCUCUUAAAAACAAAAGCCAUAGUCGAUGCAAGUGAGAUGGAUAUUCACAACCUACCCCUACCUGAAAAGGUUGCAGAGCUGAAAGAGAAGAUCAUGUUAAUGCAUACUCGCUUAAAUUCACUGAUGAAGAUUCUGAAGAAAGUGACUCCUGACCAGUCCAAGCCAGUAGAUUGAUCCAGAAUCAAAGCUUGAGUGUCAGGGUCAGGCCUUAUUGCUGUCCUCAACAUCAGGUGAUAAAGCCAAGUGGUGGUAUACAGAGAAAUUAACAUGGUUCAGAUGUAGCUAGCAAAAUAGCAGAUUCUUUCCAUUUUACACUGCAUAGAGGAUAUUUUCCUUUAAAAAUAUUUUAA